UGAAUCUCGAAUAAUUAAAAAAAAACCUGUCAAAAUAUAUCAUUAAACCAAGUACAAAGUCCAAGCAAAUCUAUGGUAGGUGCUGCGUCUUGUACGCAGCAUUGACGGCCUCCUUGUAUGCGUAUUCGUGAAGACAAGUGGAUUGUUUUUUAAAUCUUUUCUGGGUUGAGGAGAUUUUACAGGAAAUCAAGUAAUCUGAACGAAUGGAUCAAAUAAUGGCGAAAUUAGGUGGUUACUGGCUUUCGCAACGUGCGAACAAAGAGAUAUCUUCUUUCGGAGACGAUGUCAAUUCUGUUUCAAGCAGUGUUGAAGGAGGAACCAAAUGGUUGAUCAACAAAUUGAAAGGAAAAAUGCAGAAACCAUUAGUUGAUCUCUUACAGGAAUAUGAUCUUCCGAAAGGUUUAUUUCCACAGGAUGCUACAAAUUAUGAAUUUGAUGAAGAGACAGGCAAGCUCACCGUUUUUAUUCCAUCUAUAUGUGAAGUAUGGUUUAAAGAUUCUUCUAUAUUAAGAUAUGCAACAGCAGUGACAGGUUUCCUAGAGAAAGGGAAACUUACAGAUAUUGAAGGAAUGAAAACCAAAGUUAUAAUCUGGGUCAAGGUUACCUCUGUCUCAGUUGAUGGUCCACGAUCUAGCAAGGUUUAUUUCACUGCUGGUGUGAAAAAGUCGAGACCAAGAGAUGCAUAUGAUAUUCUUAGAUCUGGAACCACUGUGGAAAACUUUUAAUAAUGAGCCAUCUGUGACAAGAGUGAAUGAGAAUAUCAGGAUAUAUCGCACAUUGUGAAAAGAAAACCUUUAUUUUUUAGAUAGUACAUUAUAGUGAUUGGUGUGAAAAUAUAAGAACCUAAGUUUUAAAGUUCUUACAAUGAGAAAAACAUCUCUGUUGGAACAUUUGUAUUUCUUUUUGCCAAACUCUUUCCAAUAUGUCCCAUUAUGUACUCAUUCGCUCAUCCUGUACAAGGUUAUAUUAUGCUCAAUUUUAUUUGAAGAAAGUAUACUGAUUCCUGAUUACAGCAAGAAGUCUAUAGCCAAU